AUGACUGAUCUUGGCCCGCUGCAUCAUUUUUUGGGUAUUUCUGUUAACCGCUCAUCUUCAGGCCUCUACUUGUCUCAGUCAGUUUACGCGAAGGACAUCAUUGCUCGUGCAUCUAUGACAAACUGUAAUCCUGUGGCCACACCAGUUGAUACCAAUUCGAAACUAAGUGCAACAUCCGGUCAUGUGAUCGAGGAUCCUACUUUAUACCGAAGCCUGGCUGGGGCUCUUCAGUACCUCACCUUCACUAGACCGGACAUUUCUUAUGCAGUUCAGCAGGUAUGUUUGUUUAUGCAUGACCCUUGGGAGCCUCACAUGCAGGCCCUUAAGCGGAUCCUUCGUUAUCUUCAGGGUACACUUGAUCAUGGCUUGUUCUUGUAUGCUACUACACUCACUGGAUUAACUGCUUAUUCUGACGCUGAUUGGGCUGGGUGUCCGGAUUCCCGUCGAUCCACUUCCGGAUACUGCAUCUUUCUAGGUGACAACCUAGUUUCCUGGUCUUCUAAGCGUCAGGCAACUGUCUCUCGCUCAAGUGCUGAAGCUUAA